AUGACAGAUUGCGUUAUACGAUCACCACGCAUCGAUGAGUUAGAGCACUACGGUCCUGUAACUGCACUCAGAAACCAUAAUAAGAUCCUCUUUUGUGGCUGCGGCCCUAUACUAAAGGUUUUCGACAUAAGCUCAUCGCAUCCUCAACUUGUCUUUCAACAAAAAGUACUUUCACGCAACAAAAUACAUACCAUAGCGAUCACUGACGAUGGAAAGCAAUUAUUCGCAGGUGGUGGAAGAUCAUUUGUUAUCAUUGAUAUCGAAAAUAUCCUCAAAGGAGAGAACAAUGUAUUCAAAGAGAAGGCAAUUGAUGAAUGGAUCGUUAGUGGUGAGUUCCUCAAUCAGAACACGUUGUUAAUACUUACAGCACACAAUACCGUGUAUGAGAUUAACACACAAUCAUUUGAGCUGAAGAACACCAUGGAUUGUGGUGAAAAAUCGAUUCUUUAUAGUGGAACCAUUCGCAUAGAUACCAAAGGUCGAGUGCUCAUUGGGGCUGGAACUGUGAUGGAAGGAGUGAUACUAUGGGACUAUAAGACAGGCAAAAUCUUACACAAUCUCACAGAACAUGAGGGUUCGAUUUUCGGAAUAAAAAUUGACCCCUCUGGAAAGUUUGCAGUUUCUUGCUCAGAUGAUCGUUCUAUCAAACUCUACGACGUUCAACUGGGUAACAUUUUAGCCACAGGCUGGGGCCAUGGAUCUCGGAUUUGGGGCCUUGAGUUUUUCUCUGUUGGUGAAACACUUCAUGUUUUUAGCCACGGAGAAGAUACGACGGCUCGUCUUUGGAAAUAUCAACUAGGAAACACUUCCUUGGAUCAGGUUCAUAUAUGGGAAAAUUGCCAUUCAGGAAAACACAUUUGGUCUGGAUGUGUGUCUAUGGAGUCAAGUGCUUGUAUCACAGGUGGUGCUGAUGGAAGAGUACGAUUACUUGACAUGGUUCCUUACCUAUCCAAAUCAACACUCCACUAUAGCCUUGAAGAUAUUGCAGGGUACACUGGAGUACAUUUCGAAAAAAAUGAAAUUAUCAAGCAGUUUUUUGAACUUGAAGAUGGUUUAGUGUCUAUUACAUCACAUGGAACGAUAUUCUCAUACUCAUACUCGUCCCACAAUUGGCGAGAAAUAAAGUUGACAUCAGAUGAAAAACAAAAGUUCAUGAACUUUUCUAUCAUGAGAGGCUUUAAAGAUGCUGGUACGGUAGCUAUUACCACUCGCGUGGGCGACAUUCUUCUUCUUCAGUUUCAGAGCAUCAAUGAAACCCCCACCAAAAUCUGGAUCGAAGACGAAUAUCUUCAGUCGAGCAAAGUCACAAACUUGUUGAGUUUUGGUUGUAAUGGUCAAUAUUAUUUAUUGACAGACUGCCCAAACCCCAAAACACCUUUCGUUCUUCGAGAGUUCCACCUUAGCUCUGGAGAAUUCAGACUCAAGAGCACCACUUGCUUAAGUCAACCUCAGCAAACCAGCUUCACCACAACUUGCAUGGUUGUUGAUAGCGUUAAUAACUGGCUCAUUUUGGCCUCUCGUUAUGUUACUAUCGCAAUCUACGACCUUGGCUCUACUGAGAACCAACCCACUCCACUUUCAGCUAUCUUCAAGAAAAUUACCUCUGGUGAUACGAUUACCUCAUUAUCAACUUUAAUGGCUGCGAAAAAUUGUUCAACUUUACUUCUCACCGUUAGAGACGGAGCAUAUGCAACAAUCACAUUAAGAAAAGACAACACACUCACCUACGACAUUGACCUUGAAAACAAGCUUUCCAGAGGCUUUAUCGAAGGUGGCUUUUUCGACGGCGACAACUUGAUAGUAUAUGGAUUCAAAUCAUCGUCAUUUUUUAUCUGGAAUGAAACACAACAAUUGGAAUUAAUGAGUGUUGCAUGCGGAGGAGCACACAGGCAAUGGGAGCUCUACAGAAACGAGUCCGAAUACAAGUUCGUAUACAUGAAUAAGUCUACCAUCUAUUUUGCUGAUGCCUCAAAGAGAUUUGAAAAUAACGGUGUCUUAGUUGACGGAACUCAUGGAAGAGAAAUUCGGGAUAUUGCUGUUUCAAAGUGGGAAUCCGGAAACAACUAUCGAGAUGUAAUCACAGCAUCUGAAGACACAACCUUACGAUACGGUAGAUUGUUCCCCAAUGGUAAAGUUCAUGUCUAUUGGACAUUGAACAAACAUGUUUCCGGGCUUCAGAAAGUCAAGUUUAUCGACAGCAAUCUUGUAGGAAGUUGCGCUGCCAAUGAAGAAUUCAUUGUCUGGAAACUUUCAGGCACAAAGAUUCCUAGCAUCGCAGACUUUGCAGUCUUACCAACUGAACAUAAGAACCCUGAUCUUCGUAUCAUGGAUUUCGACUCUAUUGAGGUCGAUGGAGAGCUCUUGAUUGCAACAGUUUAUUCAGACUCUCAAAUAAAGGUGUGGAAAUUUGAUGAAAAACCUCAAAAAUUCACUCUCGUUCUCGAAGGAACAUACACCACUUGUUGCUUGCUUCACGUUAAGUUUCUUCGAGUAGCAGGAAACAUCUUCCUCACUACAGCUGCUACAGAUGGUCAUUUGGCAAUUUGGAAAAUGCCCAACUUGUCAAACAAAGCAAAUUUACCGGCUCCCAUUGAUCAAGCAACAAAUUCACCAGAAUUCUAUUAA